UUUCGGAGAAUGAUGACGCUCCGUGAUGGAUGAAAGUUGGCCCUAAAAAUCGCAACGAGUCACGACUAAAAAAUUAUCUGGCAAGUAAAUACAAACAGACGCGCUGCUACAUGACGGUGUGCGAGAAUGUAAAAACCCGCGCAUGCGUGUUGGGGUCCCAGAGCCAGCCAGCCAGCCUUUGCUCUCGUUGCGAGACUUGUGUGGGAAAUUGUGUGAGCAGUCGUCCAAGCAAGCUUGGGGUUUGGCGGCCGACUACGUUCCCGAAGCUAUCGGUCGGUCGUGCUUGUGUACGGGGGAUCUGGAGGACUCCAUCCAUACUCCGAACAAGCUGCCAUGUAAAAGUGGCCAGUAGCCUUGUGGUAGAGCUUGGUAUGGUUUGCUGUGGGCGGACUGCCUAUGGCCGACCAACCUAACAGCCAGCCAGGGGGGUUGAAGAAGCAACAGCCUCUCGCGGGAACGCGGUCUCCCAUCCAAACCAGGUCCCGCACGCGCAACUCGGCCCAGUUCGAGGGCUGCCCGUCGACGCACAACGGGAUUGCAUUGGACGGCCAGCAGCCGCACCCCGGAGACGUGCUCAAGCGCAACCUCGAGUCGGACGACGUGCCCCGGCAAAGCAAGAAGCACAAGGGCCACAUCUGGGUCUUCAAGCACCAAGGAGGCCACGGGGAUCGCCAGGCGCCUCAGCCGGAGAAGGGGGGCACGAGCGGCCAGCAGGGGAGCUGCGCCGCCCUGGAGAGCGGCGGGGCGGGCCAGCAGCAGCCACAGCCGGGGCGGUCGGCGGCCAAGGGGGCCUGUGUGGGCCGGGGGUUCCCCAGGAGCGGCGCCACCACGGGUUCGUGCGCGUCGUCGUCCUCGAGCAGCAGCAGCAGCCGGCGGCGCUCGUCGCGAGUGGGCAAGCUGGGCGGCGGAGGCCCCGGGCGCGGCGCCGCCGCCAUGUCUGGGGCGGACCAGGGGGCGGCCUCUUCCUCCUCCAACCACCACGAGGACGCCGCCCAGCCCAGCGCUGCGAGCAGAGUUGGCGGGACUUCGGGGACGGCGGACAGCGAGUCCGAUGACAACGAGAUGGGGCGCCUGCAAGCCCUGCUAGAGGCCAGGGGCUUGCCACCUCACCUGUUUGGUGCCCUGGGUCCACGCAUGCAGCACUUCCUGCAUCGAUCCAUCGGCAGCAGCGCUAGCAGCCGCGCCCAGCAGCUGCUGUCGGGGCUCCAGUGCGGGGAGGAGGGCCAGCAGCUGCAGGCCACCAUGGAGAUGUGCCAGCUACUGGUGAUGGGCAACGAGGACACCCUGGCGGGCUUCCCCGUCAAGCAGGUGGUGCCCGCCCUGGUGGCCCUCCUGGCCCUGGACCACAACUUCGACCUCAUGAACCACGCCUGCCGGGCCCUCACCUACAUGAUGGAGGCCCUGCCCCGGUCCUCUGCCGUCGUCGUUGACGCCCUGCCGGCCUUCCUUGAGAAGCUCCAGGUGAUUCAGUGCAUGGACGUGGCCGAGCAGUCGUUGACUGCGCUGGAGAUGCUGUCCCGUCGGCACAGCAAGGCCAUCCUGCAUGCCCGCGGGGUGUCUGCCUGCCUGACGUACCUGGAUUUCUUCUCGAUCAGCGCCCAGCGGGCGGCCCUGACCAUAGCUGCCAACUGCUGCCAGAGCCUGGGGCCCGAGGAGUUCCCCCUGGUGGGGGACUCGGUGGCCCUCCUCAGCGGCCGCCUGUCGGCCAGCGACCGCAAGUCUGUCGAGAGCGCCUGCCUCGCUCUGGCGCGCCUCGUCGACUGCCUCGCAGGCCACAGGGGUUUGCUGCAGGAGGUCGCCUCUCAGGGCUUGCUGCAGGCUGCCCAAGGUCUGCUGGCCCUGUCUCCUCCCCCUGUGUCGUCGGCCACCUUCGUUAUGGUGGUGCGCAUGCUGGCCGUGCUCUGUGCCGCCUGCCCCCACCUGGCCGUGCAACUCCUCAAGAACAACAUAGCCGAGACUCUCCGCUUUCUUCUCAUGGGAAACUCGGAUCCUUUGGGAGAUGACAUUGAGCUUGUUCCACGAAGUCCCCAGGAACUCUACGAGAUCACCUCCUUGAUUGCGGAGCUGAUGCCCGUGCUGCCCCAAGACGGCAUCUUCGUGGUGGAUUCGUUGCUGGUGAAGCCCAACGCCCACCAGACGGAUGCCGUGCUCUGGAAGUGGAGGGAUGACCGGGGCCUCUGGCACCCGUACUCCUCCAUUGACUGCAAGAUCAUUGAGGCGGCCCACCAGUCUGGAGAGGACGAAAUCAGCCUGUCGACGAUGGGCAAGACAUACACCAUCGACUUCAACCUGAUGCAGCAGAUCAACGAGGACACUGGCACUGCCAGGCUAGUCCAGAGGGUCAACAACCAGGGCGUGGCUCAGAUGCUCUCCGGCUCUGGGAGCGGCAACACCACGGCCGGAAGUGGGGGUGCCUGCUCCUCCCCUUCUCCCUCUUCGUCCUCCUCGUGCUCAUCGGGCGGAGGCGGUGCGGGGCCCGCGUCAUCUGCCAGCGCGGGGGACCCCCGCGGGGCCUGGCUGCGCGAGCAGAGCUCCAUGGGGGGCCGUGCCUUCCUGGGGGCCCUGUUCGGGGCCCUGCACGAGGUGUACAGCAGCUCGGCGGGGCCCGCCGUGCGGCACCGCUGCCUGCGCGCUUUGCUGCGCAUGGUGCACUGUGCCCCGGCGGAGCUGCUGGCCGGGGUGUUGCGCUACCAGCUGGUGGCCUCCCACCUGGCCGCCAUGCUCUCCUCCCAGGACCUGCACGUGGUCGUCGGGGCACUCCAGAUGGCCGACCUGCUCAUGCAGAAGCUGCCAGAGGUGUUCGGCGUGCAUUUCCGCCGCGAGGGAGUGAUGCACAGGGUGAAGCAGUUGGCCCAGGAAGAGGUGACGCUCUCGGCAGCCUCCAGCGGCACCGGGGCAUCUCCGGGUGCUGCGCCGUCCAAGUUUGCUGAAGAGGCGGCCGGCUCGAGUCGCGACGGCCACACCACGACGGUGCUCUGGGGCGCACUGGCACCGGUGCCCGCCCACUUGACACCCAUGACCGGCACGGGGGACAGCGACCACUUUGCCGUGGGCGCAGCAAGUGCACAGAUGCGGCUAAGCGACGUGCUGAAGCGGAAGCGCGCCGCCAAGCGCAGUAACGCCUCGAGCCGCAAGGUGCGCACCGAGGAAGGGCACCGGGGCGAGAACCCGCUGCUGGCCCAGGGCCGGCGGUCAGUGCACUCUGCCCGCGACGGGCCCUUCUCGCUGCCCCCGCCGCCUCCCGAGGGGUCAGGGGGCACCCCUCCCGCUGGGGGGGCCACGAGCGGCGCCCCCCUCUCGCCGGGGGGCGCGGCGGCCGGUGGGGGAGGAGGCCGCGGCGGAGGCAGGCUGAGUUCGGCGGCAGCACGCACCACUUCCUUCCUGGCCAGCCUCAACCCGAGCCGGUGGGGACGCUGGGCCAACCCCCCACUUGUGGGACACCUGAGCAGCCAGGAGUAUCCCAUGGAGGUGAAGUCCAACAUGGGGUCUUUCUCCGGGAACAAGGAGAAGAUCAAGCUCUGGAUUCACGACCAAGCCAAGAAGUUUGACGACAACCACUUUACCUCGGAUCAGGGCAGCUCUCAUCCUGCCCUGAACACCCUGAAUCGCCUGCUGGCUUCCCUGGACCACCUAGAUGCUCUGACGGACCACGGACUGCAAGCCCUGCAGGAGAUCCGCGCUGUGUUGCUGGAAGGGGAUGUGUCUUCCUUCGAAGUGAUCCACAGCGGCCUCGUGAGCCGUCUGCUCAGCUUCCUCACCAUGGCCAACUGCCAUCGAGACGACCGGCUCCGCACCUUCCUUCAAGUGUUCCUUCACACACCCCAGUACAACCCGGACGUGGUCUACGACCAGGUGAUCCCCCUGCCGGGGCCCCUCAGCGCGCUGGUGCAGAAACUGAACGCCUGCGUGAGUCAGCUGGAGCAGUUCCCGGUCAAGGUGCACGACUUGCCCGGAGCCGUGGGGGGUGGCAGGGGCACCUCUGCCCUCAAGUUCUUCAACACCCACCAGCUCAAGUGCAAUCUCCAGCGGCAUCCGUCGUGCUCGAACCUGCGGCAGUGGCGAGGAGGACCCGUCAAGAUAGACCCCCUGGCACUUGUGCAAGCCAUCGAGCGCUACUUGGUCAUCCGUGGCUAUGGACGCAUACGGGAUGAAGACGAUGGUGGCAGCGACGAGGAAAACUCUGAUGAAGACAUCGACGACACCAUGGCGGCGAUGAUGAUCAACCAGGGCCAGGCGCGGCACAAGCUGCAGUUCCUGAUGGGGGACCACCCGCUGCCGUAUGGCAUGACGGUGUACCAGGCCAUCCGGCAGUACAGUGGGGCCAGCCCCGACGGGCAUGAGACGGACACGGACUCGGAGAAUCCCAUGGGCUACGCCAACAUCUGGGUCCAGACCCACACCAUCUGGUACCGGCCCGUGCCGGAGGACGACCGCAGCGGGACCCCCUCAGGCUCCUCCGGACGGGGGGGCCAGAGCUCCUCCUCGGCCCCGGGGCUUUCUAGUCGCCGCAACAAGAGCUCCUCGGGCUCCAAGUCCAUGGCCAAGAAGAAGGACGACCUCUGGAACGAGGGUGUGGUGCCCGAGACGGUAUCUUUGCUGCACCAGCACCUGAGCGCUACCCUGCCGGAGUCGGUGACCAUCCAGGACGCCUCCCUCCAGGUGAUCACCCUGCUCAGGGUGGUCUACGCCCUCUCCCAGCACUGGGGGCACCUAUACGAGCUUCAUUCGUACCUGCCUGCCCUCCCGAGGGCCGAGUUUGUCAACAGCAAGCUGACUGCCAAAGCGAAUCGGCAACUACAGGACCCCCUGGCCAUCAUGACUGGAAACAUACCGUCGUGGCUCACCCAGGUGGCCUACGCCUGUCCGUUCCUGUUCCCCUUCGAGACCCGGCAUCUGUUGUUCUACACUACGUCGUUUGACCGGGACCGUGCCUUGCAAAGGCUGCUGGACAUGACGCCCGACCUGUCGGGGUCGGACAACAGCGAGAGGGUCACCCCUCGUCUGGACCGACGCAAGAGGACCGUCGCUCGGGACGACCUGCUGAAGCAAGCGGAGGUGGUCAUGCAGGACCUCGGAAGUUCCCGGGCGCUGCUCGAGAUACAGUACGAGAACGAGGUUGGGAGCGGCCUCGGUCCCACGCUAGAGUUUUACGCCCUGGUGUCGAGGGAGCUGCAACGCGCCGACCUCGACAUGUGGCGGGGAGAGACGGUCUCAGUGUUGAAAGGGGGUGAGGAGCCCGUCAAGUAUGUGCACAGCGGGUGUGGCCUGUUCCCGAGCCCGCUGGGGCGCAACGCCAAGGUGGGCCACGUGGGCCGGGUGCGGUCCCGCUUCAAGCUGCUGGGCAAGUUUGUGGCCAAGGCCCUGAUGGAUUCCCGAAUGCUGGAUCUGCCCCUAUCCCUGGCCAUGUACAAGUGGAUGUUGGGCCAGGAGAGCUCCCUGUCCCUGGCCGACAUGGACUCCAUCGACCCAGCCCUGGCACGCUCCCUCAGGCAACUGCACCAGGUGGUGCAAGAGAAGCGGCGAGUGGAGCGCGACCGGAGCCUGAGCCCUGCGAGUGUGCGUCGGCGGGUCGAGGCCCUGCAGCUGGACGGCUGCUUGGUGGAGCUGCUGGGGCUGGACUUCACCCUGCCCGGCCAGGACAGCCUGGAGCUGCGCCGAGGAGGGGCCAGCCUAGGCGUGAGCGUCCACAACCUGGACCAGUACCUGCGCCUGACCGUGCACUGGGCUGCCGUGGAGGGGGUGCGCCGCCAAAUGGACGCCUUCCGGGAAGGCUUCGAGGCCGUCUUUCCCCUCGCACAGCUUCAGCUCUUCUACGCGGACGAGUUGGAGCAGCUGUUCUGCGGCAGCGGUCCCAGUUUGUGGGACGUAAAGAGCCUGAUGGACUGCUGCCGGCCGGACCACGGCUACAGCCACGACAGCCGGGCCAUCAAGUUCCUCUUUGAGAUUCUCAGCAACUACCUGGCCGAAGAGCAGCGGGCCUUCCUCCAGUUCGUCACGGGCUCCCCCAGGCUGCCCGUUGGAGGGUUCAAGAGCCUGAGCCCUCCGCUGACCAUCGUGCGCAAGACGUUCGAGCCCAAUGAGAACCCCGACGACUACCUGCCCUCAGUGAUGACGUGCGUCAACUACCUGAAGCUGCCGGACUACUCUGACGCCAAAGUAAUGCGCGAGCGGCUGCGCAUUGCCGCCAGCGAGGGCCAGCACUCCUUCCACCUCUCUUGAGUGGCCUCGCAGCCGCGGGGCAAGGAGGAAGAGAAAGACUACCUGCCCGCUCACCUUCUCCGAAACACAAGCGACCGUCGUCUGCUCACCUGCCUCCCGGAGAAAGCGUGCCGCCCCGUCUGUUGUCCUCACCUGCCUUUCUUUUCUUCUUUGUUUUCUUGCGUCAUGUGCAUGUGUAUGUUUGUCAUAACAGUUAUUGCAGCACCCCUUUUCGUGUCUUUCAUUUGCACAUCGUGCCCCGUCGGGAAAAUUCGGGGGAAACGGGCAGACGUUUGUCGCAACGGAAGCCCGGGUGUACAGACGCGUGGCAUCUCGGAGCCUCGGGGAAUUUGCAAUGUUCGAAGCCUCGGACGAGGCGAAUGACCUCGUUCGAGGCGAAUGACCUCGUUCGAGGUAGUCGUAGUAUUUCACGUUUCGUUUCUCGUGUCGGUCAUCGUUGAGAGAUUGGAGCCCCCGACUCGUAGUUGUGAAUUUUGGAAAGCGGGCUCGCCUACCUUUUGUUUUACUCUCUCCGAAGGGAAAGCCGUCUCCGACAUUGGGGUGGCGCAUCACGGACCGAGCCCGUCGCGCCGUCGAGUUUGUGCAGGAACAAGCCUUGUUUUGUGGUUUUAGUUUCUGGUUUGCCACAGUUCAUUGUUUUCCCGUUAGAUCCAUGCAUUUUGUUUCAGUUUACUGGCUGUGCAUGUUUUCAGUUUUCUUAGUGCCGGCACCCAGACUCGUAGACGAUCCCCUUGCCUCAGUUCGUUUCGUAUCCACUGCCGCCACCGCCGCAACGGAGUCUAACCCGCUUUUUCGACACUCCGGACGUGUAGUUCAAAGGGGCAGCAGAAGCGUGCGUCGUAAUGCAUACCGAGGGGGGAGGGGAACGGGUCCCAUUAUAAUGCUGCAAAGAAUUUUCAGUGUGUGUGCGAGCAUGCGUGCCUGAUUAUUGCGUUCUAUAUGCGAGAGUGUGAUGCUUUCUUUCGGAAGCACGGCGUCUCUUUUUGUUUUUAAUGAAGCAUAAGUUAAGAAAAAAAGGAACGAGAAGCAGAGAGAAGCUUGUACAUCAGUUUGAACGACAAUAAAGAGGCCGGAUCAA